UGCAUUCCAGAAGCAGUUGCUAAUGCUAACUUCAUAGAACAGCUUUAGGCUCUAACAGUUUUAUUUGUUUUGUCUGCUAAGUUUCGGGCAUGGCGCAUUUGCAGGUGAAAGAAGGGGAAUUUACCUCAACUAUAUACGGAAUGAUCAGGGAACAACGAUACAAUGAAGCUGUACAAAUUCUCAACAACCAGUUACAAAGUCAUCAGAAGUCCCGAGCAGCACUGUCUUUGCUGGGAUACUGCCACUUCCAGAUGCAGGAUUUUGUGAAUGCUUCUGACUGCUACGAACAGCUGAGCUAUAUGCAUCCCGAGGUGGAAGAGUACAAGUUGUACUAUGCCCAGUCACUAUACAAAGCCUGCCUCUUCACCGAGGCCAUGAAGGUGGCCUGCCAGAUAGAUAACCCUCAAUACCAAGGGCAGAUUACUAAACUCCAGGCUGCAAUCAAGUAUGGAGAGGAGGACCUCCCUGGUUCUAAGAGUCUUGUAGAGCAGUGCCCUGCAGAUGAUCCUGACACUGAAAUAAAUUUGGGAUGUCUUCUCUUCAAGGACAACAGAUUUGAGGAAGCCUGUCAGAAGUUCACCACUGCCAUGCAGAUCCUAGGAUAUAGACCUGAUCUGUCCUAUAACAUAGCACUGUGUCACUACCAGCUGAAACAGUAUGCACCAGCCCUUAAACACAUCGCUGACAUCAUAGAGAAGGGUAUCAGAGAACACCCAGAACUGAGCGUAGGGAUGACAACAGAAGGAAUUGAUGUCCGCAGUGUAGGAAAUACACUGAUUCUACACGAGACUGCUCUCAUUGAAGCCUUCAAUCUCAAGGCUGCCAUUGAGUACCAGCUGAAAAACUUUGAGGCUGCCUGUGAGGCAUUGACUGACAUGCCGCCACGCUCUGAGGAGGAGCUAGAUGCAGUCACCCUCCACAAUCAGGCACUCAUGAACAUGGAACUCACACCUACAAAAGGAUUUGAAAAAAUGCAAUUUCUUCUUCAACAAAAUCCUUUCCCACCAGAAACAUUUGGGAAUCUUCUGCUAUUAUAUGUUAAGUAUGAAUACUAUGAUCUGGCUGCAGAUGUGUUGGCAGAAAAUGCUCAUUUGACCUACAAGUAUUUGACACCUUAUAUGUAUGACUUCUUGGAAGCUGUGAUAACCAGGCAGACUUCACCAGAGGAGGCUUACAGAAAAUUGGAUGAGAUGGCUACAAGUCAAACAGAAACUCUGCGCAAGUUAACUAAACAGGUCCAGGAAGCGAGACAGAACCACGAUGAUGAGGCAGUAAAGAGGGCAGUCAAUGACUAUGACGAGGCCCUGGAGAGGUACAUUCCUGUCCUGAUGCAACAGGCCAAGAUCUACUGGGAUAUGGAAAACUACCAACAGGUGGAGAAAAUCUUCAGGAAAUCAGUGGAAUUCUGUAAUGAACAUGACAUAUGGAAACUCAAUGUAGCCCAUGUACUCUUUAUGCAGGAAAACAAAUACAAAGAGUCCUCCGGCUUCUAUGAACCUAUUGUGAAAAAGAAUUAUGAUAAUAUCCUGAAUGUGAGUGCUAUAGUGCUGGCUAACCUGUGUGUGUCCUACAUCAUGACCAGUCAGAAUGAAGAGGCAGAAGAGCUGAUGAGGAAGAUAGAGAAGGAGGAGGAGCAAGUGGCUUAUGAUGAUCCAGAAAAGAAAAUAUUCCACCUGUGUAUCGUUAACCUUGUCAUAGGGACACUCUACUGUGCUAAAGGAAACUAUGAGUUUGGAAUCUCCAGGGUGAUCAAGAGUCUGGAGCCGUACCAGAAGAAGCUUGGUACAGACACCUGGUACUAUGCCAAGCGUUGUUUCCUUUCCUUGAUAGAGAAUAUGUCCAAACACAUGAUAAUGAUGAGGGACUCCGUGGUCCAGGAAUGUGUUGCCUUCCUCGAGUGCUGUGAAAUGUAUGGACGCGAUGUCAAAGCUAUGAUAGAACAGCCCCUUGAAGCUGAGCCAAUGCACCCAGGCAAAAAUACUGUCACGUACGAAGCUAGGAUCCUGAAAAACCUGCUUCUUCAGUUAGUUUGAAGAAUUUUGUCUCAAUUAGAUAUGGACAAUUUUACUCUUAAUUUAUAACAAUAUAAAACAAAGACUGUGCAACAAUCUGUGUUUGACUGUGUUUCUCAAUGGAACAAUGUCUCUCAUUUAUGGUAAAAUGUUACUGUUUACAGCGAAAUGCAAAUGUUAUUUUUAGAAUAUAUCUGUGAUAAAGUAUUAUCAGUUGUAAUUACUGAGUUUUGUAUUCCUGUUCUAUGGGGAAAAAAUAAAUUCGUUUUGUGAAAGAUG